ACCAAACAGCCUCAAAACUCACUUGUAGAGCCUUCUGUCACUCUUACGAUCGCCUCAAAUAGUUCAUCUGGUGUACGUCUGAGGUAAGACCUGUCUAGGCUUCGACGCAACAUGGCCACACAGGAAGCCUUCGCGUCCGACCCCUCUCAGCCGACAUGGGAGCCGCCUCCCCCCCUCGAGCUAGACGGGUCCCCAGAAACAACACAGAACAACGAUCCUCAAGACAACCCCCGCGCCGAGAUCCUUACUCGCGCUGUGCGCGAACUGAGCCAACUGUGCAGCUCUACGGCUGCUCGCUCCAGACUCCAGGACUUCCUGGCCAUAUGGCGUGAUCCCCAGCAGCCAGCUGGCCACCGCGUGCAACCAAACGCAUUGGCAUGGUUCCAAGCCUCAGAGCCGCUUGCUACAGCCAUCAGACACGGUCGCGAGGAUGUGCUGCCCAUACUGCUCGCUCAUGGUAUAACACCCGAGCGACCAGACGUCUGGGCGGCACUUGAAGCCGCCGAGAGCACGGGGAGCAGAACAGCACUCACACUGCUUCUGGAGGGAGGAUGGGGGAUCGAUCAGCCGGUGAACGAGAACGCUACACCGAUUCUAGGGUGCGUUGUUCAAGAUCAAGACUUGGUCGUAUGGUGCCUGGCGCUUGGCGCAUCGCCCAAUGCAUCGAGUCCAAUGGGUCAGACUGCCAUGCACCGCGCAGCAGCGUUUGGCUCUCUGGAGACUCUGAAGCUGCUUGUUAGCCAUGGCGGGGCGAUCGCAGGCACAGACGUAGUGGCGCAUGCGGCACUGGCGUAUUGCAAUGGCAGCAAGGGCCGCGUAGAGGUUAUUGAUUAUCUGCUUGAUAGUGGCGUUUCGAUUGAUGAGUAUUAUAUGGGGCAUAGCGAACGGUGGAACACACCAACCAACUCUCUGUUCCUGACAUAUGGUCGGCAGAACGCGCUGCAUUUCGCUAUUUCAUUUGGAAAGAAAGAGCUAGUGGAGAUGCUGCUCUUGAGGGGGGCGGAUAGGUCAGUAGGAAUGUUCUCUUUGCGAACCAAGCUUAAGAAGAGCCAGUCUAGAGAGCUUGCCCUACUGCUUGGGCACGAAGAUAUUGCAAUGCUGCUGUAGUAGCCUGAUGUGACCUUUUUGACUGUUGGAGAAGCGAAGCUUACUACAACUGUUGCCCUAUUAAUCACGGUAAAUUGAACGCAGAGCUA